GUUUUUUUUUGAGAAAAAACAUAAGUAAACAAUUAAGAUAGAUUGAAAGAUACGAUGGUAAGAAAGAGACCUCGUUCUCCAACGAAAAAAACAAUGGUGUCAAAAAAGACAACCUCAGAUUCGAGCACUUCCAGGGAGGUUGAACAUAGAUCCAAAAACUUUGAGUUGGAAGGGUUGGAUCAUGCUAAUGAUCACAUCAAUAGAACGCAAUCCUCUGGUUUCUUGCGUGUUUGCUUUUUCUGUAAUGGAAUUAUUGAUCAUGGUGAUGACAUCUUCAUGUACAGUGAUAAUGCUUUCUGCAAACAAGAAUGUCGUCAACGACAAAUGCUCAAAGAUGAAAAAAAAUGGAAGUGGUUAUGAUAAUGAAGAAAUUAGAUGCCACAACCUCAUCUGAAUCUCACCAAUCGGGCCACUUGAUAUCUUAUCAAAUAUAUUUGUUUAUAUGAUUCCGCAAUAUUGCUCUUAAUCAGUUCUAUUGUAAUAUUUAUUUUUUUAUUUAUAGAGAAGAAGGUUAAUAUUAUUAUUUAUUUAGGAGAAAGUAUUAUGUUAUAUAUUUUUUAUUUGGGGAGUAAAACUCUGUCGGUUUGAAUUACUCUAUAAAGUUAGGUAAUAAUUAAUUUAUUAACUCUCA